AACCUUCAUGGAGAAUUAAUUGGCUUGCUACAGCUCCUCCAAGAAAUAACUAACCUCCCAAAGAUAUACCAAUUUUCUAAACUUGUCUUCUAUAUCUUCCUCCCACGAUUUCUUCCUCACCCUUUUCUCCGUUGUUCUUGAUCCGCCCCCUCCCCUACUGAAGCCAGCUGCUAAUGUAGUGGAGGAGUCUGUUUCCUUUUGUUUCUGUUGAAGGCUCUUCUUUCUGGGUUUAGAGGGUCCUGGUCUUAGUGAUCGAUCUCUGAGACCAUUUGGAUUCCGCAGAUUGUUGUUGUUUGGGAAACCCAGGAAGCCUAAACCAUGGCAGUGGAAGAGUUGGUGAGCGAAACGAAAGGAAAAGCAGAGAUAGGAAACAAAGAUGCAGAGAUAAAAGCAGAGCUAGAAAACGCAGAUGCAGUAGAUGAAGAGAUAAAAUCCCAAGAUGACCUGAAGAAGGCAGAGCUGUGCGAGCAGGAGCCUUCACCGAGGGGUGUACUGGAAGCCCUUGGUACGGACUCAGACAGCAGCAGCAGCUGUGCGUCUUCAUUUUCUUCUGAUAGACCACCACUGAGCCAGCAGGGCACGCUGGGGCGUGAAAUCAGCAAUGGAAUGCAAUGGAAUAAAGGGAAGGAGAUGUUUGAUGCCUUGAAGAAGAAGUCAGCGAGGAGAUUCUCGAUGAUCCCAAUGCUGGGAAAUAGCUAUGAAUUCUCUAGUAGAAAGUUGAGGAAGAGAUUGGCCAGGAUUUGGAGCACCGACGACGAUGAUGAGGAGGAAAGGGAGAGAGAAGAUUGUGAAGGAUAUCUGGCGUUGAAACCCUCCUGGAGGAACUUUGAUUAUGCAGAACUUGCUGCUGCUACCGCCGAUUUCAAACCUGAUAAUUUGAUUGGGAAAGGUGGGCAAGCAGAAGUUUACAAGGGAAUCUUAAACAAUGGUGAAAUUGUAGCAGUAAAGAGGCUAAUGAAGAAAGAAAAAGAGGUUGAAAAGGAGGACAGAAUUGGUGAUUUCUUAGCAGAGCUUGGGGUUAUCGCACACAUUAGCCACCCGAAUGCUGCUAAGUUGCUCGGAUUUGGCAUCGAUGGUGGUUUGCACCUAGUCCUCCAGUAUUCACCACAUGGCAGCUUGGCUUCUCUACUAUUUGCUUCGGAGAAACAUAUGGAAUGGAAGAUAAGGUUUAAGGUAGCAGUUGGGGUAGCAGAAGGGUUACAAUAUCUCCAUCAUGAUUGCCACAGGCGCAUCAUUCAUAGAGACAUCAAGGCCUCCAAUAUAUUAUUGUCCGAAGAUUUUGAGGCUCAGAUAUCUGAUUUCGGAUUAGCAAAGUGGCUCCCUGAAAAAUGGACUCAUCAUGUCGUAUUCCCUAUUGAAGGCACAUUCGGAUACUUGUCUCCAGAGUACUUUAUGCAUGGAAUCGUCGACGAGAAGACUGAUGUAUUUGCAUAUGGAGUUUUAUUACUGGAGAUCAUAACAGGUCGUCGUGCAGUUGAUAACAGUCAACAAAGCCUUGUGAUAUGGGCAAAACCACUUCUGGAUUCAGGCAAUAUGAAGGAACUAGCAGAUCCUCGAUUAGAAGGUAACUAUGAUCCGGUAGAAAUAAAAAGAGCCAUGUUGGUGGCCUCAAUGUGCAUUCGACAUCAAUCGACCAAGCGUCCAUACAUGACUCGGGUAGUGAAAAUACUGGAGGGUGAGGAUCCAAAUGGAGAACAGUUGAAACAAAAGUCUACACAAGUGAGAUCACAAGUCUUAGAUGCUUGUGAUUUGGAAGAUUAUACCUGUUCCAACUAUCUCAGCGACCUAAAUCGCCACCGGGAACUAGUAAUGGAUCAGUAGGACAUUGUUAUGAAACUUGGCAUUGUUCUUCUACUGCAGCCUCUUGUUGGUGUACUAGUCUGUGUGAAAGUUUUGGAUUGGUAUCAGCCUCUCUGCCCCCCUAAUGGGUCAAGUUAAAGUCCAGCGGCUUGCAUCUUUCUUCUUCAGGCUCUCAAAGUUUGCAGCAGUUGUUUGCUAUAUAAACUUAGGGAACACUAGAAAAGUGGCAUUUUCCAUGUCACGGUACAGUUUGGUAAUGUUGUAAUACAAUAUGGUAUGUCAUGUUGUCGAUUAUGAGCCAGAAUAUGUACAUUUCAAAAUGGCUCAAAGCAAAGCGACCGAUCUUGAUUGAUAAUCGGACAACAUGACAUAAUCUAAAUAUGUAGUGAAACAAAAUCACUGUUAGUAGACAUGGAGUAACCACAUGAUGGUUGUAUUUUACUUCUCACCAUCUCAAA